UGCAAACAUUGGCAAACCCUAACGGGCCUGUUUUGGGGCGCCAUGGGCGGGGCGCCAUCGGCGGAAGGGCCGCCGGCGAACUUCUUUGCACAGGGGCUGCCGGAAGCAUUGGAUUGGAGGACCUUGAUGAAGCUGGUCUUUCAGCCCAGCCACGAGGCCAUGCUGAUGUUCACCUCGGAGCGCGAGCGUCCGGGCCAGUGCUGCCCACGCAAGGUGGUGCUCACCCUGCGGGGCAACGAGGUGGCUGCGCAGCCGGUGGACGGCGAUGGCGCGCCUCCGACGCGGAGACGUAGUCCAGGGGUGGUGUCGCAGAAAGGCAACAAGGCGCAGCCGAAUCAGGACUGUGCUUUCUAUUUCGAUUUUAAGGACAGUGAUGGCGCCAAGAUUUGGUGUGCCUGUGUCAUGGAUGGCCAUGGGCCUCUGGGACACGAGAUGUCCACGCUGGCCAUGCAGUGGCUACCUUUGUUGAUCCUUCGGGAGCCCCUGCUGGCCUCGGAGCCGGGACGUCUCGUGCCGUUGAACCCACAGACCGUCUUCUCAGCCAUCGAGGCGGCGUUCGAGAAGAUGGGGACUUUGAUGCAGAAGGCCUCCUCCUCGGGCUGGGGCCCCCGCAGCUACAGCGGCGCCACCUGCACCUUUGCGCUCGGCGCUCGGGGUUUGCUUCACACGGCGAACAUCGGCGAUUCCAGGUUAGUCCUGGGCACCUUGUCUUCGAGCAAGUCUGUGGACUAUCGCCUCCUCACCAGAGACCACAAGCCCGAGGACCCCGAUGAGCGUGUACGAAUCGAAGCACAGGGUGGUAUUGUCGCCCGCCAGCGCGUGUAUUUGGACGAAUGGCCUUAUGUGGGCCUCAACAUGUCCCGGUCUUUGGGAGAUGCCAAGCUCCACCAAGUGGGCGUCUCUGACGUGCCCGAUGUGAGCACGGUGUUUCUGGACGCCGUCAAAGGCGAAGAGGAGCACAAGCCGCAGUUCCUGGUCGUGGCCUCUGAUGGUGUAGGUGACUUCACCACGGCGGAGGAGGCAGCGACGUUGGUGGGCCGCUGCCUGCGCAAGGGCCAAGGCCCACAGACAGCUGCAGAGAUGCUGGUGAGACAUGCUCAAGAGGCUUGGCAGGCUGAGACGCCGGAGCUGGACGAUAUCACCGCGAUCGUGGUGGACAUCGACUAGGCCGGUGAGACUUGGAGGAAGCCGGCGUCGCCCGCUCCGCGGACGUCACAAAGUACUGGACGACCUGCGACCGCGGGCCGCCUUCGGAGCGCCCAAAAGAAGGGGCCGCCUUCGGAGCGCCGACUGGACGACCUGCCACGGAGGAAUUGGA